AUGUCCGCCAUCGACAACGAAGAUCUUAUCGACUACGAGGAGGAGGUCGCCGUCGCACCCACCUCGACCACCAACGGCGCCGCCACUGCCGCCAACGGCGCUACCACCGCUGACGACAAAGACAAAAAGGGCUCCUACGUCGGUAUUCACUCUACAGGUUUCCGCGAUUUCCUCCUCAAGCCCGAGCUUCUCCGAGCCAUCUCGGAUCUUGGUUUUGAACACCCUUCCGAAGUCCAGCAAGAAUGUAUCCCACAGUCCAUCCUCGGCAUGGACGUUGUCUGCCAGGCCAAGUCCGGUAUGGGUAAGACGGCCGUUUUCGUGCUUGCCACCCUCCAGCAGAUCGAGCCCGUCGACGGCGAAGUCUCGGUACUUGUGCUGUGCCACACCCGAGAGCUUGCCUACCAGAUCCGCAACGAGUACGCCCGUUUCACCAAAUACAUGCCCGACGUUCGCACCGGCGUCAUCUACGGUGGCACUCCCGUCGCCGAAAACCAGGCCAUGCUCAAGGACAAGGCCAAGUGCCCUCACAUCCUCGUCGGAACACCCGGUCGUAUGAACGCGCUCGUGCGCGACAAGAGUCUCAAGGUGUCCGGCGUCAAGCACUUUGUCAUUGACGAGUGCGACAAGAUUCUUGAGCAGGUCGACAUGCGCAGAGAUGUGCAGGAUAUCUUCCGUGCCACGCCUCACCACAAGCAGGUCAUGAUGUUCUCGGCCACGCUCGCCAAGGAAGUUCGACCUACCUGCAAAAAGUUCAUGCAGAACCCACUGGAAAUCUACGUGGACGACGAAACCAAACUUACGCUGCACGGUCUGCAGCAGCACUACGUUCGACUGGAAGAAUCGGCCAAGAACCGCAAGCUCAACGACCUGCUCGACUCGCUCGAAUUCAACCAAGUAAUCAUCUUUGUCAAGUCGAUCUCUCGCGCCAACGAGCUGGACAAGCUGCUGCGCGAGUGCAACUUUCCGUCGAUCUGCAUCCACGGCGGACUGGCACAGGAAGAGCGCAUCAAGCGCUACCAGCAGUUCAAGAACUUUGAGAAGCGUAUUCUGGUCGCUACCGAUAUUUUCGGUCGUGGUAUCGAUGUGGAGCGUGUCAACGUAUCCAUCAGCUACGACACGCCUACAGAUGCCGAUAGCUACUUGCACCGCGUCGGUAGGGCUGGUCGUUUCGGCACAAAGGGUUUGGCUAUCAUGUUUGUUUCCAGCGAUGAAGACGCCGAGGUGCUCAAGCAGAUUCAGAGCCGAUUCGAGGUGGCUGUUCCCGAACUCCCCGACACCAUCGAAGCUAGCUCUUACAUGAACGCCUAG